UUUGACAAAGUCUACACUGCCCUGUUGAAAGUUCCUUUUGGAAAUACUGUGUCGUACAAGGAAUUGGCGACACUUGCAGGAAGCCCAAUCCUACCGACAACAUCAUCAGCAGCUGAGCGGCCGAGAAGAUAGCCAAAAAGUCUGAAAAUGGAAGAGGAAGCUGAUAAUUUUAUUAAUAUUAUCUUUCCUGACGGUGUUCCAGGUCACCUGCAGGAAAGUGCCGAGUUCCCAGCAUACCUGACAAAAUUAGGAACUUUACGAGUUGAAGAAUUGAGUAAAGAGCCUGACCGUCUGGCAGACGAGGAAGCCUCUGUUUUAGAGCAGACGCAAGAACUAGCCUUUGCAAACUACAAAACUUUUAUCCAAACGGCAGAAUGCUCGAGAGCAAUAUUUCAGCAGUUCAAGAAAACCGAAGGACACUUGGAAGAUUUAUUAGGACGAGUUCCACAAUUUACGGAGCAAUGCCAGGACUUCAGCCGUUCCUCGUCAACGUUGGAAUCAAAGCGCCGCCUUUGCACACUUACGUUGUCGAGAAGCACUCAAAUUCUCGAGUUGUUGGAAAUUCCUCAGCUGAUGACCAUGUGUGUGAAUGGCGGACACUAUGAAGAGGCGCUUCAGCUAGCAGCCUUUGUUCGGAGGCUUGAGAGAAGGCACAAUUCCAUUCCGGCUAUCACUAGUAUUGUCAAGGACACACAGAUUGCCUGGCAAGCCAUGCUGCAUCAACUGCUGUCACAACUUCGGUCUGACUUGCCGUUGCCCAAGUGCCUAUUAGUGGUAGGACUGCUGCGCCGGAUGGAGGUGUUUUCCGAGGCAGAGUUGCGGCUCAAGUUCCUUCAAGCAAGAGACUCUUGGUUGUGUUCCCAGCUAGAGAGCGUCCCUAAGGACAGAGACCACCUGUCAAGGACGGUUGAACUUUCCAGGCAGCACCUGUUUGCCAUCUCCACACAGUACAGGGCUGCUUUCAGUGACGACCCGACCAGAGCCACAAAUAACGAAGCAGCUAUUUUCCACGGGUGGCUCACCCAAAAGGUUUCUCAAUUUGUGACAACCUUGGAAGCAGAUCUGUAUCAGAUUGAGGAAUCUGAGUCGUUGGACUCCGUAUUAAGUCAGUGCAUGUAUUUUGGUCUGUCUUUGGCAAGAGUCGGAGCUGAUUUCAGAGGGAUCAUGGCACCAGUUUUCACAAAAACCAUCAGGCACAAUUUUGAAUGCACCAUCAAGAAAGCCACCAAAGAAUUUGAGAGUCAGAUUGAAAAAAUGAACUUUGACAAAUUCAGCUCAAGUUCGUUGAACCCUCCAGCGUCGCCAAACUCGAUGCACCCACCAGUGAGCUUGCUGCAAUUCACGCCGUUGGCCCUCUUCUGCAAUGCCAUUUUGAGUGCCUGCAACACACUUCGGCUGAAUGCACCACUCGCUUUGGCAGCACCGAUCACAACCCUCGUCCAAAAUGUUUUGCUGGCCGCCUCAAAAGCAAUUUUGGCUCGGUACCGACAAGAAGAAUUAGCAUUUUCAAGCGUAGAGCAACAAGGAGUGCAGAGGUUAUGCACUUGCUUUGCGGACGACUUUGUGCCUCACAUCCAGAGAUGCCUGCAAAGUUUAUACCCAGUAUCUGUUUUGGCGACACAUUUAGGCCUAUCGCCACAACAAAUUCAACGAGACGGCAUAGGAUUCUUGAAUAAGGCUGAAAUUGUGGAACCCAUUAAGCAUUUACUACCUGUCAAUAUAGAACCUUUGAGUUUGGUCCAACAAGGACAGCCGAAGUUAAAUAAAGAAACCCUUAAGGAGGAUGAACCUUUGCAAAACUUGGUUAGCUAUGAGCCACUUGCUGAUGAGCCUGAAGGUUGUGAGGAAAGUAAUGUGACAGAAAAUCAAGAUUUGUUGAGCGGCAGUUCAGUGGGGGUUGUAACAAGUGAUGUUCCAUUGGUGCCUGUGAAAAUCGAACAGUCGACGGAAGACGAAAUAAUGACCACUUCAAAUGAGUCGUUUGACAUGUGCAACUCGAGAGUGGAAGAGUUAAAUUCUAAAGCCACAGUUUUUGAUGGUUUGAAUGAAGAUAAACACAAUUCUGAUUUGCAGCAAUAAGUUAUUGUUUACUGUGCUUUUGAAAGUUUUACCAAUAAAGUCAUUUUAGAGUUGUUAGACAAAAAUUAUGCUUCAC